CCGUCUCUUCCUUCUUCCCCAUUUGCAAUCGUCGUCUCCUCUGUUCAUUCUUGUUCUGGAAACGUAACCCUAAUUCCAAGAAUCGGUAUCGAGCGGCGAAUCUUGGCGCAAAGAUGGUGCUCGCACAGCUCGGAGGGAGCAUCGCCCGGGCGUUGCAGCAGAUGAGCAACGCGACCAUCAUCGACGAGAAGGUGCUCAGCGAGUGCCUCAAUGAGAUCUCCCGCGCCCUGCUGCAGUCCGACGUGCAGUUCAAGCUGGUACGAGAUAUGCAGUCGAACAUCAAGCGGAUCGUCAACCUCGACGAGCUAGCCGCGGGUCACAACAAGCGUCGAAUUAUUCAACAGGCUGUUUUCAAUGAGUUAUGCAAGAUGUUGGAUCCUGGCAAACCUUCUUUCACUCCCAAGAAGGGAAAGACUAGUGUGGUAAUGUUUGUUGGCCUCCAAGGUUCUGGAAAGACAACAACUUGUACUAAAUAUGCAUAUUCUUAUCAAAAGAAAGGAUGGAAACCUGCAUUAGUUUGUGCCGAUACAUUUAGAGCUGGUGCUUUUGAUCAGCUAAAGCAAAAUGCAACCAAAACCAAAAUCCCCUAUUAUGGAAGCUACAUGGAAUCAGAUCCUGUAAAAAUUGCUGUUGAAGGAGUUGAAACAUUUAAGAAAGAAAAUCGGGAUUUGAUUAUUGUGGACACAAGUGGACGACACAAACAGGAGGCUGCUUUGUUUGAAGAAAUGCGUCAAGUGUCAGAAGCAACGAAACCCGAUCUCAUCAUAUUUGUCAUGGACAGUAGUAUUGGUCAAGCAGCAUUUGAUCAAGCACAAGCCUUCAAACAGAGCGUAGCAGUUGGAGCUGUGAUCAUCACUAAAAUGGAUGGUCACGCAAAAGGUGGUGGUGCACUUAGUGCAGUUGCGGCCACAAAAAGCCCUGUCAUCUUUAUUGGAACUGGAGAGCACAUGGAGGAGUUUGAAGUAUUUGACGUCAAGCCAUUUGUCAGUCGUCUUUUAGGUAUGGGUGAUUGGUCUGGGUUCAUGGACAAAAUUCAUGAAGUCGUGCCUACAGAUCAGCAACCUGAGCUUCUGCAGAAGCUUUCUGAAGGAAACUUUACUCUCCGUCUUAUGUACGAGCAGUUUCAGAAUAUUCUCAAAAUGGGUCCUAUUGGACAGGUCUUUUCUAUGUUACCUGGGUUUAGCUCAGAGUUGAUGCCGAAAGGGCAUGAGAAAGAAAGUCAAGCAAAAAUCAAGCGUUACAUGACAAUGAUGGAUUCCAUGACAAAUGCAGAGUUGGAUAGCACAAAUCCGAAACUUUUCAAUGAUUCCCGCAUAAUGCGGGUCGCAAGGGGCUCGGGCCGGUCUGUCAGAGAUGUCAUGGAGAUGUUGGAGGAAUACAAGCGUCUUGCCAAAAUCUGGGGUAAGAUGAAGGGGCUUAAGAUCCCAAAGAAAGGUGAAAUGAGUGCUUUGUCACGAAAUAUGAACGCACAACACAUGAGCAAGGUCUUGCCCCCCCAAAUGUUGAAGCAGAUCGGCGGCAUGGGUGGCCUCCAGAGCCUGAUGAAGCAGAUGGGUUCCAAAGACAUGGGCGGUUUGGGCGGAAUGUUUGGAAAGGGUGACAAGUAGAGUGGAGCUAAAGAUCGUUUGUACAAGACAAUGCUGCAAAGGCAAUUUGAAUUCUGGUAAAGAAUUCUAUCACCAUGCAGUGAAGGGGAGGAAUAAUAAUGAAAUAUUAAUUUGAUGGAGAAUGUAUUAAUUAAUUAGCUACUUCUAGGUAAUCUCAAAUUGUAGAGAAAUCAUCAUCACUAUCUCAUCUGCUUGCCUUUUUUUUUUAAUUUUAUUUGGUGAAAUAUGAUAA